AUGCCUUUCCCACCCGCACGCCCAUCAAAGCGAUACCGCCCGCACGUGCCUUUGGACAGACGCAAGAGGGCUGUACAAUGUCAAAAUUGCACUCUUGCCGGCCAGACUUGCACUUUUAAACCGCUUCCCAAACCGCGCGAGGGCGGUCCUUCGCGGGAUUCGCCAAAAGGCAACACCCCGGAUUGGGAGACAGUCGCGAUGAACGUCUCUCGGAGCUUCCACGAAAGAUUUCCUAGGAACAACGUAGAUGCCAAGCAAUUCUCAGUCAUCUCACAGCUCUUUCAGGAGGCUGUCCAUAAAAGCCAGCACGGGUUCGUGGCUGAGGACAGGAAUUAUGGCGGGGAGUCAUCCACUUCUUUCCGCCAGGUCUCUGUACCUGUGGUCAACAACGAGCCUCAGACCACUGGCUCAUCAGCUAUCGCAGCAAUUGAGAACACACCUUCGGCAUCCCACGCCAGCUUUCUGGAGGCGAUUUCCGAUACAAUCUCGCCGGUCAACGUCAGGCGCCACGAUAAUCAUCCCCAAUUAGACAGCCUCGCCACGGAGGAGACCGCAUUAAUGCUAGACACGGUUCUCGGCCACCUUCCGCCUUACGAGGAUGCCCAGGUUCUUGUCGACGCGUUCUUCACAUUUGUCGAGUCCAACUGGUACUAUUUUGAUGAGCAGUGGUUCCGGGACCUUCUCAUGGAGGUUUAUCGGAGCAGAGCUGCUGCGUCGCAGCCGAAGCAAUGCACCAUCAUAUGUCUUGUUUUCCUCGUGCUAGCUCUUGGGAGCUCUUUUAAGCACCUUUCCAAACCGGCCAGGUUGCUCGUUACCGAUCGCGAAAUUCCAGGCAGUGUCUCCUUCGCGCAAGCGAUGAAACUGAUCCAGCAGGUAAUCGCUGCGAACACCGUUGAAAGUACGAUGUGCUGUCUUUUGAUAUCAUUGUAUCUUCUUGCAACCGAGGAAAUCUCUCACCAUCACAUAUACCUGGGACUGGCCUUGAAUCUAGCAGUUGGCCAAUCGCUGCAUCGUGAGGGGAUACGCAACGACGAAUCGCCUAGAGAGCGCGAGAUGAAAGUCCGACUGUUCUGGACCAUCUAUAGUAUUGAACGUCAGACUUCUUAUAUAAUGGGGCUGCCAACGAUACUGCGACUCGACGACAUCACCGUCUCCUUGCCGCAAAAGAGACAAGAUCUCGAUAAAGACGGUUUACACCGUGUAGAUCGACUUGUCGCAUACACUAAGUUGACCAUAGUGCUGGACGAGAUUACCGCUGCUGGCCCCAUUGAACAAAGCUCUUCGACAUAUAACUGGGCUUGCUCCAAGCUAGAAACAUCGAGGCAGUCGAUUCCAGCCUAUUUGCUCACAGCCCAGGAGUCAUCAUUUAGACCAAACGCGCAUCUCAACAUCUUGUAUAACAUGAUUUGGGUGACUAUUGGCCGCGGAGCAUUGUUGCGUCUCGAGCCAUCACUUGUGCCGCCCCUUGGUCCGCACUUCUCACAUGACAGUACGCUUGGAGUUGACCAGGACACUUUGUCCGGUGUGCCUCUGAAUGACAGUAUCGGCAAUAACGCCACCUCCGACGUUACGCCACCUGAUUUAAGUCUAUUCACGGAUCUGGAGCCAUUUUUUCUUGAACAUUCUGAUCAAGAUCUCAACUUGUUCGGAUUUGACGGCUUUGGAUCCACGUUUGACCUAGACAGUUUAAUGCAAAACUGA